CGAGUUGUACUUGAAUGCACCCCUAAAUGCCGUAUGGCAGCCGGCCAUGACAGGAGGGUGUAUGGUGAUGAUGACGAUGAGAUGAUAAUGGUAACGUGUAGGGAGGAGGAGGAAUAGGAGUGGAAAUAAAACCUCGUGUGUGUCCGUUCACGAAGAGCGAGUAAAGAAGAGCGACAUAAACGCGCUCAGACACUUACGAGGAGGAAGGAAAAAGAAAAAAAGAAGCUUCGAACAAGUGAUUUCUGGCAUUUUUCACCUUGGCUGACAUCGACGAGCAUCAGGCAUCAGUGGAGAGACCUCACAGCGGUCGUGGUUUACCCUCCUUCCCUUCUCUUCCCCCUCCGCACCCUCCUUGCCUCCUCUGAAUGACUCAGCGAAACAUGCCUGUGGUGUCUACAAUCACAGAUCUACAUGAGACCUUGGCCCUGCUCACAUCUCAGCUCCACCCCGAUGCCAACCACAAGGAGGACCUGGUCUUCCUUAAAGGUGUCUUCAGUGAGAAAAGCCUUGGCUACCUCAUGAAGGUCCACGACAAACUGAAACAGUACGAGAAGCAGAGCCCGUCCCCGGUACUGCACAGCGCCUCCUGUCUGGCAGAGGAUGUAAGUGCAGCCUGACACAAUGCCGAAUUCUCAACUUCUUCUUGCGUUUUAAUGAAGAAAUGUUUUGGUCAGCUGACCGAGGAGCUCCAUGAUGGGCCCCUUGAGGAGGAUGAAAAAGAGCUGCUUCUCCUGCUGAGUGCUCCUCACCUUAAGGCCGUGCUGUCAGCCCACGACACGGUGGCCCAAAAGAAUUUCGACCCGGUGCUGCCGCCACUGCCGGACGACGUGGACGACGACCUGGAGGAGGAGUCUGUGAAGAUUGUGCGUCUGGUGAAGAACAAGGAACCUUUGGGAGCGACUAUCCGGCGGGAUGAGGUCACGGGGGCUGUCAUCGUGGCUCGGAUCAUGAGGGGAGGAGCUGCUGAUCGCAGCGGUCUGGUGCAUGUGGGGGACGAGCUGCGCGAGGUCAAUGGCAACCUGAUAACCCACAAAAGGCCGGAUGAAAUUAGUCACAUUCUGUCGCAGUCGCAAGGAUCCAUCACGCUUAAAAUUAUCCCGGCCAUCGGGGAAGAAGACAAGAUGAAGGAAAGCAGGGUCUACCUAAGAGCUUUGUUCGACUACGUGCCCUUUGAGGACCGGGCCACGCCCUGUCAAGAGGCGGGGCUUCCUUUUAAGAGGGGGGACAUCCUGCAGGUGGUGAGUCAGGAGGACGCUACCUGGUGGCAGGCCAAGAAAGUGGGCGACUGCAACCUGCGCGCCGCCCUCAUCCCCUCCACGCACUUUCAGGAGAGGCGCCUGAGAUACCGUCUGAAGACAGGCUCGUUCCCAGCCUCCAUGUCCCCCAAAGUGACCACAUACGAGCGGGCUGAACAAGAAGACGCCAAUGUUGAGGCUGGCUUGCGCAGAAGUUUCCGUCUCAAGAAGGAACGUCAGAGUUCACCGGGAGAUCCUCGCACUCCUGAUGCAACUCACAGCGACUUCUUGAUAUACGAGGAAGUCACGCUUUAUGUGCCGCGCCAUGGAGAGAAACCUCGUCUCAUCGUGCUGCUAGGUUCCCUCGGCGCUCGUAUCUCUGAGCUCAAGCAGAAGGUGAUCGCAGAGAACUCCAGACUGUACGGCCUGGCUGUGCCUCACACCACGCGGCCCAGAAAGAGCCACGAGCGUGAAGGCGUGGAAUAUCACUUCAUCACCAAAGCGGCGUUCGAGGCGGACAUCCACAGUGGGAAGUUUAUCGAAUAUGGAGAAUAUAAAGACAAUCUUUAUGGCACCAGUUUGGAGUCCAUUCACAGAAUUCUGGAUCAGAACAAGAUGUGCCUUGUGGACGUCCAACCUGAGGCCCUGCACAUUCUCCGCACGUCCGCACUCAAGCCCUUUGUCGUCUUUGUGAGACCGUCCGUGUUCGACAGCGAGAGGAAAUCUCUGAGCUCCUGUUCUUCGCUACUCAGCGUGGCCAUCACGGAGCAUGACAUCCAGGACAUGAGGCAGUCAGCAGAAAAGAUGGAGCAGAGUUUUGGUCACUGGAUGGAUUACAUUCUGGUCAAGGAAGAGCUGCUCAGUGCGGUUGCAGAACUUCAUAUCCUUCUAGACCGCGUGCGUCUGGAGCCCCAGUGGGUGCCCUUGUCCUGGGUGAGGACCUAGCUAACAUGUCUACUUGCCAAACUGAUCUACUCCCAGUUUACACCCGCUUUUGAAAUGUCGACUAUGUAGUGUUAGUGGUUGUGGGAUGAACUUGCUCAAAGUGCCAAAUCUAACAAUGCAGUGGGCAGAAAUACGCUUACAUAAUUGAUGGCAGCUACCUACUGUAACAAUAAAUGUUUUACACGACCAUGUGAUGUUGUAUGUUUA